CGUGUCGCUGUGAGUAAUGAGGUAGGCGACCAAGAUAGGGCGUUCCUGGAUACCUGCCUCCGACAUGAGAUCUGCUACAUGUGUGGUUCCGGCCUCCGCAUCUCCGGCCACGAGUGCGACGCCGUUCUGUCCUCGUCCCUGGAGGCGGCCUGCUCCAGCAACCUGGACUGCCUGGGCGCCGCGGGGGAGACCUUCAACAUCCUCAGCGACGCCAGCAGGUACGACCAAGACGGCAUCUGCACCCACGACCCCUGCGUCAGGCAGUUCCUCGAGAUGCGCUGAGAGAAGACGAAGGUCGAUGACUCCCUCUCCGACGCCCCCACCGUACUGUUGGCGUUCUCUGUGUCUGGAAGGAGCGUCUCGCGACCACGUGACGAAGGGGGCCGCUGAUUGGUCGAGACCAGGAUGACGUUGAUAGACGCUCGGCCAAUCGCGAGCUCCGUUUGGUCUCCGUUCGGUCAAGGACCUUCUGCUCCUUACUCAUUAGAUGACUGUUAGAUAGAUAUAUAUACAUAUAUGUAACACUUCCAGUAAUGAUCGAUGUUACUGUCAUGUCCACUUUGUUAACAGUACAUUAAAGUAUAUAAUGUGAAUGUUGCCUCUGCCUUAUACAAAUGUUUUCGAAACCUCUUUCGAAAGAUUUCAGUCUUCAUGUAUAACGUAUGCGCGGGGACUUUCAACUGAAACUAUUACAAAAUAAAGUAAUAAUAAAAUGUCGCAUUUGUAACGUGUCAAAAGCAAUGGGGCAUAACAUAUGACAUAUCUUGUUCAACCAAACAACCAAUGUCAACCUCCCUAUUUUUUUAAAGUAUAGGCACAGCGUGAAUAUAUUUGUUUAUCAGAAUCUGACU